AUGCUUGGCUCAAUUCUCAAGACUGUGCUAUCGGCUGCGGCUGUCGUAUCAGCGUGCACCCCUCCGACGGAACCUCUUUCGAACAACAUAACCGAGGGUUUCGGAAUCCAGGUUCAGAACGCUUCAGUGCCCAUCAUUCACAAUCGCUAUAUCAACUUGUGGUCAGCAGGCGGUGGUGACCAGCAUCUCUACUUGAGCCCUGCUGGAGACUCUGCUUUCAACUUGACCCUAGUCAACGGCGUGCUAUCGAGGGGCAUCAUUCAUGCCGUCAUUAACGGAGAAUACACUGCAGACGACAACACGACCAAGAUGUUCAUGACGGAACGCGGAGAUCCCAAGGCCUUCUUCCAGCCGGUGUAUGGAUGCAACCCGGACACGGAUGCUGUCCAGGUCGAAUUGGACUUUGUUUCCAGAGCCGCUGUGCCAGGUGGUUUUAUCUGCUUCAGAAGUGCUUCCGGCGAGAGGCAUGAGGCCAGAUACUCGCCUCCCGGUAACACUGGUGAGCUUCUGACUUCCCAUCCCUCGAUCUAUGAUUCUCCACAUACCAAGCCUUUUUCUAUGAUCUCGAAGCUAACUGAAUACCUUAAUCCAGUCAUCAGAGCAGAUCGUCCUUGCUACGAGGUUACCUUGGCUGUGGUUCCUGCCCCGACAGCUUGA